GUAGAAUGUGGGGUUUGCUAGUGUUUGCUACAAAGCAUCACGACAAUUACAAAAGAAAAAAAGCACAAGGUUAAAAGAAAACAAUAACCUUGUCUUUGGCGCUAGCUCCAAAUAUUGCAGUCGUGUUGAUCUUUUUGGUGCGAAGCCAACAAUCAGCAAAAGUACACUUCCACUAUGGAUUUGUCCAGCAGGCUCCUGGUGUGGAUGCAGCUUGCUGAGAGCUGUGGAGUCACUACCCUCCAGCAGGGCAUUCAGCAGGUUUGGAUGCUGCUCCUCAUUUGUCUUAUCAGCAGGCUGCUCUUCAGAUUGGGAGGCGUGUCCUCUGUGAAUCACAUUGUGUCAAUGUUUGCCGGAAUGUACAGCCUCUUCCUCUUCUUUGACCUGUAUAUGCUGUGGGUGAUGCUGCUCAGUCUCCUCUGCUACCUCAUUCUUCUUCUUGGCCGACACUCCAGUAGCAAAGGCCUCUUCCUGUCCACUGCUGUUCUCAUUUACCUUCUCAUUGGGGAAUUACAUUUAAUUGACACCGUGACCUGGCAUAAGAUAAGAGGCAGUCAGAUGGUGGUGGCGAUGAAAGCCAUUUCUCUGGCCUUUGACCUGGACAGAGGAGCAGUCACCGCUUGGCCCACACCAACUGAGUUCCUGGGCUAUGUUCUCUUUGUGGGAAACGUAGUCUUCGGCCCAUGGAUCAGUUUUUCAUCAUACAAGGCUUCUGUUGCGGGCAGAAGAUUGAGCUGGUUAUGGCUAUGGCGUUCCUCUCUCAGCCUGCUGAAGAGUCAGAUUUGCCUGUUGGUGUCCUCUUGCAUUGCUCCUUACCUGUUUGUUUUCUUCAUCCCCAUCCAUGGAAAUGCCUUCACAGACAAGUGGCUUCAUGCGUAUGAGAAUGCAUUGUCUUUCCACUUCAGUAACUACUUUGUGGGCUACCUGAGUGAAAGCAGCAGUAUGUUGGCUGGAGCCAGCCAUAUUGAGGAAAAAGACAGCAUCCAAUGGGAAAUGCAAGUGGUCAAACCUCUGAAUGUGGAAAUGCCUCACUCCAUGAUUGAAGUGGUGACUUCCUGGAACAUUCCCAUGUCACGGUGGCUUAAAACCUAUGUUUUCAAAAAUGCAAUGAAGCUGGGGACUUUUCCCGCUCUUCUUGUCACAUACACUGCCAGUGCUUUACUGCAUGGUUUGAGUUUCCACCUCGGCGCUGUGCUGCUCUCUUUAGGCUUCAUCACAUAUGUUGAACAUGUUCUGCGAAAGCGACUUGCUGCUAUCUUCAGUGCUUGCAUCCUGUCCAGACCCUGUCCCUCUGAGUGCAACCAUCAACAUAAGAAGGAGUAUUGGGUGAUACUCCUCAACCUGUGUUUCACUUUUUUGGCUAUAUUCCACCUCACCUACUUGGGCUCCAUGUUUGAUCCUGGUGUUGAAGAGGAAGUGGAAGAGGGUUAUGCAGCCAUCCACACUAUUCAGCGAUGGUCAGAUCUUAACUGGGCCAGCCACUGGGUUGUUUUUGCCUCCUGGGUCUUCUAUCGUUUAAUCCUGUGAUGUCUUCAAAGCAGAACACAAUUUCCUUCCGUCUUGGGGACUCCCCAUAGCAAUCAUGGGGCCAGUGAUUUUUUUUGAUGAGAUGAAAUGGAGGUUGAAGCGGCAUCAAUAUAUGAACAAAUGUUUUCCAAAAAUGUUUGUGAAUCAGCCACAAUGUGCUAUUAUAUCCCGUUUAAUUUCUGUUCUUUCGAAAUACAUUGAAUAUAAGUGCAUAUAUUGUAAAUACCUCAUCUAGAAACGGAUGAAUAUCUACAUAGACUAUUCACAGGUGUUUGUCUGACAUGCUGGACGGAUGUAUUUGUUUGUGUUGGUGAUGUUAAAGGUACACUUUGAUUUUAGAUGCAUUUGAAAAGGUUGUGCGUCAUUUUAUUUUUUAUACUACAGUCUUUUGUAUUUCCACUAUGCACAUUGAACAACAUUUAUAUGUUUAUUUCUAAUAGGCAGCGUGGGGGUGGGGCGUUCAAAGUAUUGAAUUUUGUAAAAAAAAAAAAAAAAGGCUUUAAAAAAGUUAUAAAUAUUUGCUCUUUUUGUCCCUUUUUACUGAAUUUUUGCUGGUGUUUCUUUUUUUUUUGCGGCCACAUUUUGGACACCCUUGAGAUUACGUAGCUUAAAAGGGGUCAUUAUCAUUGCCAGGUGAGUAUAUAUACACACAUAUAUAUUGUAGGUAUAUAAAUGCACUUUAUUUGUGAAUUUAUAGCAAAACUCUUCAUUUCCGCAGGUCACGGAACUAAUAUUACGACGUGUUGUUGCUAGACGGACUGAAAAUAUUGGCGUGUGUUCCAUUAGGCCACAACAAAACGGGCGGAGUUCCAACACAUCCGGGCAUUUGGACCUUUCUCAGUAAUGUCAAGUAUUGGAACAUAAUUUACCGUCUCAUUAUUCCGUCGAGUACCUAUAGGGGGUAAUAGAUCGGCCAGGCUUCUGUCCAUGGUACUGAAGGUUGAAUUAGAACUGUCCAUCAAGUGUUUCCUGUCAGAGGUGUUGACUUGGUCCAAGCGAUCCGGUCAUUCCAUGUGUUGGUGGUCAGCGAUGAAGGCCAAGUUUUAAGGAGAAGCUCGACAUCUCUUUUAAACGUUGGUUGUGUGGAGAUGUCGACGAGGAGGGGGAGGGGAGGGCAUUAGUCUGAACCUAAGAUGAGCCAAGACAGUACAGAGACACGAACACGAACCCGCUCCAAAGGCAUUCGAGUUUUAUCAGAAACCUCUGGACAUGAGAUGAAGCAUGAGCUGAGCACUUGUCCCAUCCCUGGAUGCGAUGGCAAAGGUCACGUCAGUGGAAGAUACUCAAGGCAUAGAAGUGCACUGGGAUGUCCAACUGUAAAGAAAAGAAAGCUGGAGGAGGCAGAGGCUGAGGAGAACCAGUCUUCCCCCAAGA